AUGGGAGUUAUAAAGAUAAUAAUGGUAACGUUGAUAAUGAUGAUGAUGUUGGUUGGAACCAUAAGAGAGACGAAGGCUACGUCUGCAACAUAUUGGGCAUGUGUGAAACACUGCAAGGACGAAUUUUGUUCGUCCAAGCCUGGGGAUAAGAAUUGUUUCCCUAAUUGCAUCUUUUAUAACUGCGGUUCAACUCCACCAAGAAAUAUUCGUAAUGCCAAGGGUGAAGGAUCCACUUAA